AUGGCUAACAUUCCGACUGCAACUAAAGUUUUGGUUGUAUUACUGGUUGUGUUCAUGAUAUUCAUGAGGUCUGAGGAGGCGCGAAUCCACAAAUCGAAGGACCUCGACAAACAACUUCUUUUAAGUAAAGUACUAAAUACCAAACCAAAAAUGGAGUUCCGUGGACGACGGAUUUCCACAUUGGAAGCACCUACUGAUAGAGUGUCACCUUCAGGACCAGAUCAUGCACAUCACUCUACUCCCCCAGAAAACCUUAACGAAGCAGCAGCUAGCGCUAUGCAGGAGCUAGCACGCAAACCCUUCUCGGGGGCAGUCAAGCCUUUGUGCCGAGUCCAUAGUGCCACCGAGAAUAUAUUUAGAUCACUUGCUCGACAAUCGAGUCUAGGUCGGCUCUCCAGCACAAUGCGUUGUCGGAACAUGGUGUUGACUCUGAUAGACUUUCACCAGGAGGACCAGAUCCUCGGCACCAUUAUUGACCAAGUUGUUUUAGGGAGCUCCAGCUUCCUAGAUAGAUUAUAUCUAAGCUUCGAGGGCAACUUAGGGUUUUUGGGUGGUACAUGUAUGGCUUCUGGGAGUGUAGUAGGAGAAGGAGGAAAUGAAGGAGGAGAGGUUAGAGAGAAACAAAGGUAUACAGAGAGUAAGGUUUAUACUCGAAAAUCCUUUAAAGGGCUAAAAAAGAACAGCCUCACCACCACCACCAAGAACACCGCCACCACCACUGAUAACAACAACAGUAACACAAACCUAACGACAACCACCAUCACAGCCACUGCAGACAACAACAACACCACAGCAACAGCUGCCACCGCCGUUACUGAAACUACAACUGCUCCAACAACCACCUCCACUGUUGCAACUGAAACUGCAGCUGCUCCAGCCAAUACCUCCACGGCUGCAACUGAAACUGCAGCUGCUCCAGCCACUACCUCCACUGCUGCAACUGAAACUGCAAGUGGAGCAGCAACUACAACUGCUAAUGAAACUAAGGACAAGUAUAACAACGAAAAGGACUUGGUUGAAGUGAGAGAAUCGGAACCUGUAGCUAUAGAUGUCACGGACCCUGCCCGGCAAGCGCAACAGCCUGUUUCUCACUCAAUUGUGGUUUCAGAUGAUUCCGCCAGUCUAAAUAGGCCGGAAGUUCAGGAGGUGGUGCCUAGUGUGAGAAAGCAAGUUGUGGGGAGGGAGCAGGAUGUGGGGAAUGGGGUGGUGCUGAAGGAAGGGUUGGACAACAGGUUAAAGGUGGAUUUGUUGUCACGAUCAAAGCAGGAGAAGAGAGAGCUCAGAAAGAAGUUGGAGAGUGAGCUUGAUAUGGUGAGGAGUUUGGUGAAGAAGAUUGAGGCUAAAGAAUUGCAGCUUGCUGUUGGUCGAUUGACUAAUCCUCGGGUGGUGUUGGUGAAUGAUGGGGUUGAUAAUAGAUUGAGGAGGGUUAAUUCAGAAGUGGGAUCGGUGGGUGUUCCCCGUGAGAGUACUACUCCUAUUCUUACUCCUACUCCUAGGCAGUCUAGGCCCUUGAAUCAGCUUAGUAUAUCAGUGCUGGAGAAUAGCCAAGGUGUGGGUGAGUUUGUGGAGAAAGAGAAGAGGACACCAAAAGCAAAUCAGUUUUAUAGAAAUUCCGAGUUUUUGCUUGCAAAAGACAAGUUUCCACCAGCCGAGAGUAACAAGAAGUCAAAAUUGAAUGGGAAGAAGCAAGGGGCAGGGGAAUCAGGAUUCGGGUUCGGGACAAGCACUAAGAUUUUCAAGAAUUGCAGUGCUUUGCUUGACAAACUGAUGAAGCAUAAGCAUGGUUGGGUGUUUAAUACUCCUGUUGAUGUGAACCGUCUUGGUUUGCAUGAUUACUUUACCAUUAUCAAGCAUCCUAUGGACUUGGGCACAGUGAAGUCCAGGCUGACCAAAAAUUGGUACAAGUCCCCAGAAGAGUUUGCAGAGGAUGUGAGACUUACAUUUCACAAUGCUAUGAAGUAUAACCCGAAAGGGCAAGAUGUUCACGUAAUGGCAGAGCAGUUAUUGGAUAUAUUUGAGUCUAGGUGGGCUGUUAUGAAGUCGGAUUAUGAUCGUGAGAUGAGGUUUGCCUCUAGUUAUGAGGUGGGAAUUCCCACACCUACAUCAAGAAAAGCUCCUCCAUUUGUACCACCCCCUCUUGAUAUGAGGAGGAUUUUGGAUAGAUCAGAAUCAAUGACAUAUCCAAUUAUUGAUACCAGACCCAAACCCAUUAUCACUACACCUUCUGUUAGAACCCCUGUUCCAAAGAAGCCUAAGGCAAAAGAUCCACAUAAGAGAGACAUGACUUAUGACGAGAAGCAGAAGCUUAGUACAAACCUCCAGAGCUUACCUUCAGAGAAACUGGACAACAUUGUACAGAUAAUAAAGAAGAGGAGCUCAGCACUCUCCCAACAUGAUGAUGAGAUUGAAGUAGAUAUUGAUAGUGUUGAUGUGGAGACUCUGUGGGAGCUGGAUAGGUUUGUGACCAACUAUAAGAAGAGUUUAAGCAAGAAUAAGAGAAAAGCUGAACUUGCUAAUCAAGCUAGAGCAGAGGCUCAGCAGAAUGCGCAUCAGAAGAUCCCAGCACCAGUCGUGGUGGAGGCACCGAAAGAAACAAAAGCAGAUGAAAGGAACGUCUCCACUGUGUCACCUGUUCAAGUGGAGAAACAGGGAGACAAUGGAAGCAGGUCUAGUAGUUCAAGCAGCUCCAGCAGUGAUUCUGGAUCUUCUUCAAGUGACUCUGACAGUGACAGCUCAUCAGCGUCUGGAUCUGAUGUAGGAAAUUAA